CGUUGAGCAGAUUCAGUUUGCAUCGGCGGGUCGAACGUUAUAUAAACGCCUCGCACAGUCCGUCCGGGGUCUUACAGCCGCAUUCGACGAUCACCAGUCGUGAAAUACAAACCCUCGAGUCUUCUUGAACGCAAAACGUAUCUCCAAUUGCGACAUUAAAGCCGUUUACACGUACAGACGUCGAGUCUCGACCGAUAUCUUCGGAGGUAGAAAGACCCGAGAGUCGUUCUGCGAGGAGACAUAAUAUUCUUGGAGUUAUUUUGAGGGAAAUAAUUGUCAAAAUCAAAGAUGACUGCAGAAGAGGUGGUGAAUGAAGGCUGCAGCAUCCCCAUCGAGGGUGAAGACAUCACACCGAAGAAAGAUGGAGGUGUUUUAAAGCUGGUUAAGAUCGAGGGUACAGGCACCGAGUUGCCUAUGAUCGGUGAUAAAGUAUUCGUGCACUAUGUUGGAACGCUGCUGGAUGGCACACAGUUCGACUCCAGCCGUGAUCGAGGGGAGAAGUUUUCCUUUGAACUGGGAAAAGGUCAGGUGAUCAAAGCAUGGGACAUUGGUGUGGCCACAAUGAAGAUUGGUGAAAUCUGUCAAUUGGUUUGCAAACCUGAAUAUGCCUAUGGUGCCGCUGGCAACCCACCCAAAAUCCCACCCAAUGCUACCCUUAUGUUUCAGGUGGAGUUGUUUGAUUUUCACGGGGAGGACAUCACUAAUGAUGAAGAUGGGGGAAUUGUUCGCAGGAUCAUUACUAAAGGGGAAGGUUAUACAAAACCUAAUGAGGGAGCGUCUGUGGAAGUGUGUUUGGAGGGCAGUUAUGAGGAGCGCGUCUUCGAUGAGCGCGAGCUUAAGUUUGAGGUGGGAGAUGGAGAGAAUUUUGGUCUACCUCCAGGUGUUGAGAAAGCUCUGCAGUCGAUGGAGCAAGGGGAGGAAUCACUCUUCACUAUCAAACCAAAGUACGGUUUUGGAGCUGCUGGCAGUGACAAAUUCAACAUUCCACCUGGUGCUACCCUGAACUACAAAAUCAAACUCAAAGCGUUUGAGAAGGCCAAAGAGUCAUGGGAAAUGAGCUCAAGUGAGAAACUGGAACAGAGCGCUAUCGUCAAAGACAAAGGAACUCAGUAUUUUAAGGAAGGCAAAUACAAGCAAGCCGCCGUUCAGUAUAAACACAUCGUGUCAUGGCUGGAGCAGGAAUCCAGUCUGCAGGGUGAGGAGGAAGACAAGGCCAAAGCGCUGCGAUUAGCUGCACACCUUAACCUGGCUAUGUGCUACUUGAAACUGCAUGACCCGAGCCCUGCCCUCGAGAACUGUGACAAGGCACUGGAGCUAGACUCAAAUAACGAGAAGGCUUUGUUCAGGAGAGGAGAGGCGCUGUUCGUCAUGAAGGAUUUCGACAGGGCAAGAGCGGACUUCCAGCGCGUCACUCAGUUGUAUCCAGCCAAUAAGGCAGCAAAGAGCCAGAUCAUGCUCUGCCAGAAACAUAUCAAAGAGCAACAUGAGAAGGACAAACUCCUUUAUGCCAACAUGUUCCAGAAGUUUGCGGACAGGGACGCCAAAAAGGAGGCAGAGCAGGAGAAGAAAAUGAACGGCACGGUGAUGGAAAUAGAUGAAAACACACCCCUAGAACAAACCGCAGCAUAAUAGCACGCUCAUGUGCGUGUUUGUAUGAUUUACUGUCUAGUGUUUUUGUUGUUGUUUUUGUUUUUUUUAAAGAGGUUUUUUGUACCUUCUAUGAUGAUUUCCCCAUGAAAUGACUGUUUGUGUGAGCUUGGACGCUUCAGUUUUUAAUCUGAUGUAGCAAGUCGUUCGCUUUCCUACUGUGGUCAAGACCUUUCUGGCCAGGGUGUGCACUCGCAUGUGAUUGCGCACAUGUAUAAACGCUUGUGUGUGCGUUACUGUAAGGCAGCUGGUCGACCUGGCUGUGUUCUCUCUGCUGAAUCUCUUAUAUUGACGGAAGGUGGAAAUUAAAUUCUCAGCCUGUACUGCAGCCUCUCCUGAAACAAACUCCUUUAUGUGCGUGUAUUCAUUUCAGGGAUUAUCGUUUGAUUGUUCUAGUGAACAACAUCACCAAAAUGCUGAGAUUUUUAUUACGUUAAAAUAAAAGAGGUGCUUAUCUACGAUCUGCGGUCUUAAAAGAUGUUCGCAGUAUUGUCCCCUCAUCUCUCCUGGUGAACAGGAUUCCAGAUGAUCGUUCGAAAUCAGGUGCUCUCAGUAAUCUCAUGGCUCUUAAGGGAAGGAAGGAACAUUGAUGAAUUCUAGAAUUUCUUGUCCCUGAAACCCUGUUUGACAGAGUCCUAACCAGGACGAAAUUACGGUGUUGUCAUUUGUGCAGGUGAAAGAAAGGCAAAGAUCUGUUCUGUUCCCGUGUCCUUGAUGCUCCUCUGACGUUGACUAGAACAAUAAAACAAGCUCAAAAUCCU